CGCAGCCUCCCGUGCUCGGUGCAGGCGCAGAGUAAGAGCAGUGUAGCUCGGCGCUAGCUUGGUUCGGUUCCGAUUCUGAAGCGGUUCUCGGUCUAAAGCGCGUCUGUCGGAGUGAAAUGACCGUCUGCAGCUUCUUCCUCCAGGGACGGUGUCGGUACGGAGAGAAGUGCUGGAACGAGCACCCCAGAGGAGCAGGAGGAGGAGGAGCAGGAGGAGCAGGAGGAGCAGGAGGAGCAGGUUUUGGUAACCGUGUGUGGGUAAACCCGCAGUCUCAGCGCUCCGGGGGGGGCUAUGUCCAGCCCUCCUCGUUCUCCCGUGGGGGGGGCGACUGGGGUCGUGGAGGAGGAGGAGGAGGAGGAGGAGGAGGAGGAGGAGGAGGUGGUGGUGGUGGGAGAGACGCAAAGAACUUCACUUUCUCCACCCAGAGCAGGUACUCAGCCCUGAGCCCACAGAGCAGCUUCGACCGAAGAGGAUCAGCAGCCACAGACGAGAAUGAGAAGCACCUGGAGGCCAUUCAGAAGGACAUGGAGAUCUGGCAGAGUUCUGGACAGUGGGCGUUCUCCUGCUACGCCGUCCUCACCGCCACUAUUACAGGAUUCGUGGAGCUUUCUCCUGAGGAGUUGAGGUUGGAGUACUACACCAGCAGAGCCUCUGGGAAUUUACAGUCUUAUGCUAACUCAGUGCAACAGCUGGUGAAUCAAUGGAGAUCCAGAGUACAGGAGCUGAGGACCAUGAGCCCCUCCACACGCACUGCAAUGAUAUCAGAGUUAAGCAAUCCAAGAUCACAGUCGUCAUCAGAUGGAGGAUUUCUCACCCCUUCAUCAUCAGGGUUUGGGUCUUCAUCAUCAUCAUCAUCUUCUGGAUUUAGUUUAGGAGGAUUUGGAUCCGGUGCCCAGAGCAGUGCUGGUUUCAGCUUUGCCUCGUCCAGCACUGGAUUUGGAUCAGCAGGAAACCAGGCCAGUUCGCCUGGAUUUGGAUCAGGGGGUCCCCAGCCCACUUUGCCUGGAUUUGGCUCAGGAAGUUCCCAGCCCAGUUCCUCUGGAUUUGGCUCAGAAAGCUCCCAGCCCAGUUCCUCUGGAUUUGGUGAUUUUGGUUCGACGGCUCCAUCCACUGCUCCCUCCGCUUCCUCCUUCUCCUUUGCUCCUCCCGCGGCAAGUAAAAGCUCUUCCGGAGGGUUCGGAUCCGCCGCAGGUUUCAGCUUCGCCCCCUCCACAGCCACUGCAUCUACAGGAGGCGGCUUUGGAGGCGGCUUUGGCUCCUCCACUCCAGUAGCGGGCGGCAAUCUAUUCAACCAGGUAGGCAGCAGCAGUGGUGGGUUUGGUGGGGGUUCGGGAGCUGCUGGGGCUUCUGGAGAAAACCUCUUCACCCCUCAGAGUGAACUCACACCAGAGGAGCUGAAGGAAUUCACAGCCAAGCGAUUCACACUGGGUCAGAUUCCCCUCAGACCACCGCCUGCCGAACUGCUAGCCGUCUAAAACACCUGCUAAGCAUGGAGAGAAAUAAUUUUUCUCCUUUCUUUUCGAAAUGUCUGCUCAGCCAAGACAUUUAUAGUCUGAAGUCUGCGUCCUUAGCUUUGUAUGGGAGGCUAAUGUGGCUAACAGUACAGCUGACCGUGCUAAUGAAGCUGACAAAUGACAGAAACUUCAAACCGUGGUGAUUUAGCUUCAAGCUGCUCUCGUGUUCAUCUGCGCUAACGUACUUCAGUCCAUGUUUGUAGACGACGACAGUGUCAGAAACCACAGAUUCAGAUCCGUUAGAGACACUGAACAUCACACGCUUUCAGGAGAGUGUGAUGGUUUAGACAUGCAGUUAGCAUCAUGCUAAUUAGCGAUUGUGGUAAGUUAGCCUUGGACAGUGCUGCCCUUGUGAAAAUUAGCCAAAUUAGCCUCGUAGCUUCAGUAGUGAAAUGAAAGGAACGGACCUUCAGGCUCCAGUUGUGUUCUGGCUGAUCGACUACGCUGGGGGUGCAGGACUAGAUUCGUGUUAUCUUUUGAUGUCUUUCUGUUCUGUAAAUGACGAAUGUAUGUAAAAAUGUAUGUGAUCCAGAUCUGAUCCUUGUUUAAGUGCACGCUCACACUUCGUGUUGAGACUUUUAGAGACAUUUAUCAUAAUAAAAGUUAUUUUGGAUGAAGAA